UUCAAUACUGCGCGGCCAAGCAUGGCGACCAGGAAAGCGCUGGAAAAAGCGUCGGACCGAUAUCCGUUGGAACAGUUUGGGGUUGCAAGAGCCACGAAUACGACUACGUCAUCUUUUUGCAUUGCAGUGAUGAUCGCUAUCCUGGCACUUUAAAAUAUCAUGAAUUGCAAGAGCUGGCUCGUCAGUCCGCGGAUCUACUCGUGACAAACAAGAGCCAUGUGGAGCAAAUGCGCAGGGUCUUUUAUACGGGUAUGACUCGUGCCAAACGGGGCGUCAUAUUCACGCAUCACAGGGUAUCCGCUCAUCACGGCCGACCGCUGCGACAAUCCAGGUUCAUUCCCGAAGCGCUGGGAAUUCCAAGCACAAUUCAGGCCUUCAGAACCGUGGAAAAAGGCGUCGAAGACGAUAGCGAGCAAAACGUCGCAGGAUGGACGGGGGCAGAAUGUGCAAGCAAAAUAUUUGGAGGCGGAAAUUUCGCGGUCAGUAGAAAACCAGACUCAGACAUCAUCGCCAAUCUACAUCAGCUUCAAGUCUUUCUGCGGUGUCCAUUGCAGUUCUAUCACCAGUUUGUCAUCAGCCUACCCUACAGGACAAUGCAGCUUUCAAUUUUUCAAGAAGCUGUUUCUAACGUCUACACUGCCUUCAUUUCCGGCGAGGUUGACCAAAACUGCCUCAGCUCUGUCAACAAACUUCGUAAAAUUUUCAACGACUGCUGGACCCGUCACAGCGUGGACCCAACGGAAGACCCACAUAUUUACGAAAGCGGCAUGUACAUUAUAGACACGCUCUAUGAAGCUGAAGGCGACGUUGAACUAGUUCGCGUUAAUGAGCCCUGGAAACUGGAUAUAAACCUAGAAAACUCGUCACCAGUCCAAUUUAACGGCUACUUCCAACGUAUUUAUAACGAUGGAAGCAUCAGACAAUUUAUCAAAUACAGCGAAAGUUCUCCUCCUGAGCAGGGUCAGCUGUUGCUUCUGGCGAACUUGCUGUGUUACUCCUAUUACGUAAGCCACGACAAAGUUUUGCCGACUUCUGUCACGAUUGAAUACAUUUCUUCGAGGUAUCAGUUGAGAACGUUAAGGCACGUACCGGAUCAAAACUCGAUCCCUGAAGUAGCCAACGCGAUAACCCGUAUAACGCAAAAACUUUCUAAAGCUGUAUACGAGGCAGCCUCUAACCCCAAGAACUGCAAAAAAUGCCCCUAUAACACAAAUUGCCCAAAAUCCGCCAAUUGACAAGUCUUUUGCUCCUCUGAGACGGUUUGAUCCUCAAAAACCGUCUGGUGCGGCAGUCCUCUGCUCACGAACACAUAUUCUGCUGUGCGAAGAUACCCAUGCGACUGCUCGCCUCCUAGAAAGAGGAAUGCGCAUUAACAUUUGUAUGUCACAUCUAUGGCUGUAACGCAAGGAUCUCGAUCGUCGGUCGUAAAAUAUAUUACGCCGUGAAUCUGUACAAGAUUUCUCAAAAAUUUAGCAAGUUUUUUUUUCCAGUUGGCCAGCAUUUUACUUUUUUACACAGCUAUGCAGGACAUACGCGAAGCUGCCUACAACGGUAGGCUCUACGACGUCAAAACAUUGAUAAGUAUUGGAGUCGAUGUUAAUGAAAAACACAAAAUAAAUCAUCGAACAGCACUUCAUUGGGCCGUCAAGGGGGGAUAUAGUGAUGUUGUAGAAUAUUUGUUAUCUGUAGGCGCAAACAUGCAUGAGCCGGAUGUCUAUGGGGAUACACCUGUUGAUCUAGCAAAAAAUUCGGCGGCUAGAAUUAAAAAAGCCUUAAAUUUGCCUAUAGUGGAUUUGGAUCCGAGCUCGACAGCUUCAUCUAGUUCUAUCGCUUCUGACGGUUUACCACCGGCCGUCCAGAAAUAAUUCCCUUGAAUAUCAACACAACGGGUAUAUUCCUGGUUUUUCAUCCCCUUUUUCAUCCCAGAAAAAUAUAAAAAUUCUGUAUUUUUGAACAACAGGCGACGCUCCUCUCGUCGCCGAAGCAGGAACAACUCAACACCCAGUGUGCUUUUUUGUCCAAGCAUAUGGAAUCGGAGGUGCUAUCCAGACCAAACUAGCAGAAAAAACUUAUACUCUGGUCGAAUUGAUAUAGAAGGAAUUAAACUAUGAAUUGUGACCGACCGUAAAAGUUAGAAGGUAUU